AUUCGGUACGGCUGGUUGUGUCGUGUUAUCUCGAAGCCGUUUUAUACGCGAAGGUGAAAUAAACAGAAACUGAAAUUAGGCCAUGGCGGUCACUAUUCAUUUCAAAACUAUACACCACCCCUAAAAAUUGACAGUGUUUAAUUUUGACGGUCGUAAACCAUGGAGAUCGUCGACGUUGAAGAAUGCCAACCCGACCCCGGGGCAGCCACAAGAAAGAAAAGUUUAUGGGCUAAAAUUAACAAUAGGACGACUUACAGUUAUUUAUUUAACAUAGUUAUAUCGGUAUUAUUGCUCACGUGUUUAGUGUUGGUGUUGUACUUCUUCAAGGAGUAUUUGAAGACAAUAUUGUUCUGGGUGGACGCGCAGGAUCCGUGGAUCAUAUUUUUGUUAUUUAUGGGAUUGUUUUUGGUGGUGAGCUUCCCAGUGACGAUCGGAUACUUGGUGUUGAUAAUAACUAGUGGUUAUUUGUUCGGUAUAGUGAAGGGUUUGGGUACUGUCUUAGUGAGUGCGAACUUCGGUGUGGCUGUGGCGCACUUUACACUGAAAGCGCUGCGGAGUUACCUCCCGCUGGACCGGCUGCUGCGGAACGAGACGGCGCGGGCGCUGCUAAAAGUCAUCUCAGGACCACAGGCCUUCAAGAUUGUGUUCUUUGCACGACUCACACCAAUACCUUUUGGUCUGCAGAACACUAUAUUUGCUGUGAGUGACGUGCGUGGGUGCGGAUACCACCUGGCGACGAUGCUGGGCCUGCUGCCGGCGCAGGUGAUCAAUGUGUACCUCGGCUCCACGCUGCGCUCUAUGCACGACGUGUUCCACGAGUCGCAUCUCACUGGAUACGUCGUGUUCGCGUUUCAGAUACUUAUCGGCAUCACACUUAUGGUGUGGGUGGUGCAGAAGGCCCGCAAGGAGCUGACUAUAGCGAUCAUGGCGGCGGAGCUCGGCCGCGAGACGAUAUCCACAUCCAGCAGCUCGUCCAUCAGCUAGCCCACGGCCAGGGCGUCCACCGACCUGGACAGCGACGAACACUCCAGCUAGGGCUGGCCCUUGGACGGGUGGAUCCGCAGCACGGCCGCCCGCGAGCAUGAGACAUACGUUUAGGGUUGCCACGCGCCACCCAGUGAUAUUAGUAGCCAUUGUACCUCCGUGAGGGUUAAGUACAGGUUUGUAUCGAAUCUCCAGUGUUAUGCAACGUUCUGGCUGUGUUAGAUGGGGGUCGUGCGGGGGCGAAAUACGUCGAUUCCCACGACUGUUAGCUGAACCGCUAAUCUAAUUUACUCUUGCCGGAGCGUGACCUAUGCACUCCCGAGCCGGGAGUUUCAAAUAACAUACUGGUAUUCAUAAUGACCAAUGUUAUAAUUUUAUAUAUUUUUAAGACAUCAGAUGUUUUGACACUCGCCGAAACGGGAUUAUUUGUAGUAAUGGCAAUCAAGUUAUUAACCAAUUGGCAAGCGUUAAACGGGUCAAGGUCGUUCCGUUGUGGGCACCGCUGACCCCGUGACCCCCGACUGAAACCGCGCCUGAUUUAUACAGAUGUAUUAGUUACAGGAAAUACGAUGUAUAUAUGUGAUAUAUAAAUGUAUCGUAUGUCCGUAUACUGUUGGAAUUAUGUGCGCGUUGUAUCAAAUGUUCUAAAAUAUCAGUGUUUGUAGAAAUAUUUGUUCACGAAAAUAUAUUUUCCUAUGUUGUUAUUUGUUAGGACUAAAAUACGUGAAUUGAUUUCGUGAAUCCGUAUUACGAAUGCUUUGACGUAUAUAAACGUUGCGAUACAAUCGCGCCUUAAGUACUAGUUUUGUGACAGUUAAAAUAAACCUUAUUAAAACAGCAUUUCUCUGACAGCUUCUUAAAGCAAUAACCAAUUCACUAAGGACAUCCGUACAUUUAUAAAGUGUUUAUUUUGAAACUGAUUUUUUUCCUGAUGUCACAAACUUUCUAGUCAAAUUCUGAUUUUCCGUUUCCUUUUUGCGUUUGUUACUGUAUGCACGCGGGAAAAGACGUGUCGUUAAUGUUCAAUUUAUGACGGGACUAGAUUAUAUGCAAAUAUAAAAAAACUUAUAAAUUGAAGCUAAGCAUUUACAAUUUUUUCUUAAAGAUUAUUUUGACUCAAACAAUACAUAAAACUAAUCUAAAUAGCUUGUCCCAAUACUUUAUAUUUAAAUUGGGAUGGAAUAGGUAAUUAUCAGAAAAAAGACGCUAAAACACGUCACAACUAACGACAAAUUCUACACAUAGCGUGUUAUCACGUCGCCUAGGAACAGUUAAUUGUCGUAAAAUUAAUUGAAUUUGUUAAUUAAACAGCACGCUUACUGCUCCAUAAUAGCUUUGAUAACAAUAUUUCUGUACUUUGUUAUAAAUAUUAAUGGUUUAUUGAUGUAUUUUUUUAUUUAUUAUUAACUCAAUUGUUAAGAUUAAAGCCUGCCUAGCGGCAUAUACCUAGGGUCCAGGACUUUAGGAGAAAAUCUGGACAACAGAUAACUCUAGUAAAUAAACUGAUCCAUUACCGAUAUUUUCCCUUAUACCCUCUCAAUAAAUAAUAAUAAUAUGUAUGAAAUAUGUUCUAAUUUGGAAAUACAACAUAAUGCACAGGAAUUUAUAAUAUCUCAGACCCAACUCGCCAUUUUCAUAAAGUUUUAAACUAGGAAACAAAGCUAGCUGCCAGCAUUAGUUGGUAGUGUUCUACAUAUUGUUUUGUCACUCUGUAACCUACAUUGAAAAAAAAACACAUUUCAAACAGCAUUUCUUUUUUGUUUUAAUAUAAAAUAUGUUUCUCUGUACAAUCUAGUCUAUCAUGUUCCAAAUACCUGUUCUGAAUUCUUCCCGUUUGCAUACAGAUUCCAAUACGCAUUACAAUAACCUUAACAUACAAAUACAACGGACGCCGUUUGUUUUGUUUUUCUUUGUAGAACAUGUUUUUUUCGCGUUCAAACGGUUUUGGACGAAAUCCAAAUAUAAUUUCGUCCGGUACAUUAAAACGUAAACAGGGUGACUUGAGAAAUGGGUCGCGUUAAACCGAACAAGUCCGGUGUCAUUGCAUUUUAUUGACUGAACGUGUAUAUACGUCGACUAACGUACUCGCCUAAGUUUGAACAAAUAUGUCACCAGAUAAAAAGGAUUAACGAAAAUAUGUCGCCAAUGUUAUCACAAUUUAAAUUAUUAAUUAGUUUAUGUUAAUAAACGAAUACUUGAGUCACCCUGAACCGUUAAUAUCUGCCACUUGGUUUAUCACUUAAUUAUAUUAUCAGCUAAUAAUCAAUCGAUAAGCCGCGGUACGCAGGUUAGCUAUGUGCGUUGUACGUUUAUGGAACCAAAUAAAUAGCGCACUUAUAAGUGCCACUUAAGUCUUAGUUUCGGUUGCUGCUCAUUAUACGUCGGCUACACAUAUAAUGAUUUAAUUGUGUGACAAUUAUAUUUAUUUUUCUGGUAAACGUACCAGGACGUUAAAAUUAAGGCUGGUGAUUCUUAUUAAGGUUAUUAAAGUUUUUUAAUGUAAUAAAUAAUGUGAUAGUGAAGUUAAUGAGCCGUAAAUGUUCCCAGCUGGCUAGAAUUACCACAUAAGCAACAUUGACAAUCCAAAUACAAGUGUAAAAAUAUAAUAUGUGUACAUAAACUGUAGAUUUUUCAAUAACGAAUCCAAAAUGUGAACAUAUUUAUUUUUCAAGAUGAAAUAUUCCGCAUAUUUUGAAAUAAUUAUAAAUAAUACUUUGGAUAUUUGUAUGGUAGAAGUCUAGUAUUAUGAUGUUGCCAAAAACGAGUCGCGUGCCUCAGAGUUUUACAUAUAUUUUUUGAUUCACUAUUAGCAAACCAAAAAAACAAUUUCGUACGACAAAACAAAACGUGUUCAGUUUUUAGCCAACCAUUCACAGAACUACAGUUUACCCCAGUUACAACUUUUUUUAUCAACAUUAGUUUUGUAACUUAAAUUUGUCCAGUUAAGUCCUAAAGGCUAUCUCGCACACACAAAAUCACGCAUUUAUCCCCGAAGUGGUAUGCAGCGGCGCAACCAAGGCACCCACUUUUCGCCAAGUGUGUUCCGUCCCAUGAUGUGAUAGAGGGCGAUGUGAUAAAGGCUAUCUCAAAUUAAAAACAAUGGCGGAUAUAAUAUGAAUCGAGUAUGAUAUUUGACGUCAGCAGCCGUGUCGGCUCGUCACGGCAAUGAUUGCAGAAUGCGGCCAUCUCGCACGAGUUACUAAUCAAUUCAUCUCGCUUUUGUAUCAUAAGAAUGUUAUUGUCAAUUGCCCUUGCAUGUGUGAAUGCAAAAAAUAAGUCAUUAUAGCAUCCAUUAUAGCCAUUUUUCACAAAAUGAUUUAGUUUCAAUUAUGAUUGAAAACAUGACCCUUUAUUUUUUGGAUAAUCACUAAGGCUGGUCUGUAAAUCAUGUUGAUCGAAGAAUAUUUUUACAUAGUAAUUCAUUUUUGAUGACGUAUUAAGUAUCAAAAUUAACAACUGUCAAUACAAUAGGUAACCAAAGUUAGCGAAAGUAUGAUAAAGGCUUGUGCAAAGAGUUGGCGUCUACUUCGCGGAGAUAUUCGCGUGACUGUCUCAUUGUCGUGUAGUUUAUGAUUGCUAUUUAAAACUAGGGCUAUUUUAACACAUAUGGCUUGUUAAAUAAUAUCUUAUUUUUAUAACCAAAUUGUUUAAAAGUAGUCUAUCUACUGUUUCGAUAUAUGAACAGCUGAACAAAUAUGUAUAGAUGUUAUGUUUAAUAAAAUUGUAAUGAAGUACAGAAUAUAAAAUAUAACGCGGGAAAGGUAUAUGAUGCCAAUAAAUUCCACUCGGACGGACCAGCACUCCUAGCAAUAGUAAAUAUUUAUUUUAUACAUAAUUUUCUUUAAAUUGUAUAUUGCACAAAACAUAAUAACUAUAUUGAAAGAAUUAUUAAACAGUGAAAUACAAAGUAAGCAAAGCUUCAAGGCGAGAUGCGGCAAAAAUAUAGUGCUUAUAAUAAAAAAA